AUGAAAUUGGGAUGGUUUACGCGGAUUGGAACACCCAAUGCUUCAUACAAGUUGGCUGCAGUUGAUGGCCUUUGUGAGUUGGUUUCCAAGUUGUUUCCUAUUAUUCCAAUACACAAGCUUGAUGAGCGUCUUGCAGUGAGGGGGAUUUUGUCGGACUUAACAUAUGAUAGUGAUGGGAAGAUCGACAAAUUCAUAGGAGGUGAGUCUAGCUUGCCUCUGCAUGAGUUGGAAAGAAAUGGUUGUAUUAAUGGUGAUGGUAGAAGCUAUUAUUUGGGGAUGUUCUUGGGUGGGGCAUAUGAGGAGGCACUUGGGAGAGUUAAUAACUUGUUUGGUGGUCCAAGUGUGGUGCGAGUGUCUCAAUGA